ACUGAGGAAAGCUAGAGAGACGUGAAAGACAGACUUGGCAAUGUGAUCUCAGAAAAGUGUUCAAGGGUUGAAAGAAAAGGGAAGAGGUGGUAAUGCAAGAGGGGCUGCUGCAAAUUGUUGACCGCCUGGGAAUCAAGCAGGUUCAAAAGCUGGAACUUCUCCACAGCUGAAGUGGUUGUUAAGCUGGAAGCAGGCCAGGCUGAUCAUUCAGCUCCUUUGAUCCAUGCGGCCUGAAUAGGCUUGACAAGUGUUCAUCUUUAAUACCGAUCUACACCUCCUGCAGACAUGGAGAAACAGCUAGAAGAGCUAAAGCAGCAGCUUGAGAAACAAUGUCAAAUCAAUAAAGAGCUACAGAGGCAAAAUAAGGAUCUGGAGCUACGGCUAAAAGAUAAAGAAAAACUUCUGCAGCAACUGCAGAGUCAGUACCACGACCUUGAAUUUCCCUCCCAGGGUGCUAAUGAUGACGAACCUGAAUUCAGGAAGAGUCGUGCAGCUGUUAUAGCCCCUGAACCAAUUCAGGAGAAGCUGGUUAUUUCACGCAACAAGGUCAAGAAGACUAGCAGUGAGACCAAUCUGAUUGUUAAAGCCAUCCAGAAGAAUGACUUCCUGAGCCGCCUUGACGAUGAGCAGAUAAGCAUGAUGGUGGACCUCUUAAGGUCAUCACAGUUCAAACCUGGGGAAGAAGUCAUAAAGGAGGGGUCAGAAGGAGACAGCAUGUACAUAGUGGCAGCUGGUGAACUCAUGGUGACUCAGUCAGGACGGGACCUGAGGAGUCUGACAACAGGGGAUGUUUUUGGAGAGUUAGCCAUCCUGUACAACUGCAAACGGACAGCAACAGUCAAAGCAAAGACACCUGUGCAUCUGUGGUGCAUGGAGCGACAGACCUACAGAACAAUUAUAACCAACAAGUCCAAGAAGAAACGGGAGGAGCUCAUGGGCUUCCUCAAGACGUCUCGUACUCUGAAGGAUCUGAAUGAUGCACAGUUGUCCAAAAUCAUUGACUCCAUGGAAGAGGUCAAGUUUCAGGAUAAAGAUGUUAUAGUUCGAGAAGGAACAGAAGGAAACACUUUCUACAUUAUUCUCAAAGGAGAGGUACUGGUGACUAAGAAUGUGAACGGACACCAGAAGCAGAUUCGCAGGAUGGGUAAAGGAGAGCACUUUGGGGAGCAGGCACUCAUACGCGAGAUUUUGAGAACAGCCACCUGCACUGCUGAUGGACCUGUUACCUGCUUCUCUAUGGACAAGGAGGUUUUUGAAGAGACGAUCCCUGUAGAGCACCUUGAACUGUUUGAUGAUUCUAAAGUGAUGCAAGAGGCUCAAGCUCCAGAAAAGCCAAUUCCAAGCUCCACUCUGAAGUUUAAGGAUCUGAUCCCUGUUUUAUAUCAGGAGGGACGCUUUCAAGGGGAUCCUGUCACACUGGGAGUUGGAGGAUUUGGUCGUGUUCAGCUUAUGACCACAGUGAAUCAUGGGAAAUACUACGCCAUGAAGCGAGUCAGCAAAAAGCAAAUCGUUGUCAAACGGCAGGAGGAACACAUGCUUUUUGAAAAGAAGAUCCUCAAAGCGAUCCAGUGCGACUUCAUUGUGAAACUCUAUGCAGCAUUCAAAGAUACGAGAUACAUCUACAUGGUGAUGGAGUUCUGUGGCGGAGGGGAAAUCUGGACCAAACUGAAGGAAGUAGGGCGUUUUGAUGAACAUGUUGUGGUUUUUUGCACCGCCUGUGUGGUGGAAGCCUACGCUUACCUUCACAAAAAGAACAUCAUGUAUAGAGACCUUAAGCCUGAGAACCUGAUGCUGGACAUGAAAGGCUACGUCAAACUGGUUGACUUUGGUUUUGCUAAGGAACUUAUCCGUGGGGAAAAAACCUACUCCUUUGUGGGAACUCCUGAGUACAUGGCACCUGAGAUUAUUAAGAACCAGGGACAUGACUUUGCAGUUGAUUUCUGGUCUCUCGGAAUCCUAAUCUUUGAACUUUUGGUUGGAAGUCCUCCAUUUUCAAGCUCAGAGCCUCAGAAGAUUUACUCCAAAAUUCUGGACGGAGAGCUCAAGUUUCCACCUUACCUGAGUGAGGCAGCAAAGUCAAUUAUCAGCAAACUGUGCAGACCUCGGCCGGGUCAGAGGUUAGGAAACACCAAGAAUGGAAUCAAAGAUGUACGGCAUCACAGGUGGUACAGCAGUAUGAACUGGCACAAGCUGCGCAUGUGUCAGCUUGAUGCUCCAACCAUACGACUCAUACGAAAGGGCCCCUGCUACAUCAACUUUGAUAAAUUUCCCCAGGACCACACAUUGGCUGAGGAGGAGUUUUCUGGAUGGGACCGUGACUUCUAACACUCAGAUUCAAAAGAUGUAGGAUUUGUUCAUAUGGGCCUAACGAGGAGCUUACAUAAAGCAGCUGACCUUCACUUUUUCUGCCUGUAAAGAGCCCCAAAGAUUAAUGCUACUAAGUAUUGAUGCAUCACACAACACUUUUCUUCACACCAAUUAUAGUGAAGCUGCUGGGACUCACUUAGACAGCAUGUACUGAAGCUUCUCUGUUGUGGUGCUGAAACACACACAGACCUGUCUCUGCAGACAAGGUAUUAAGACAAGAUGUUUGGACUCUGUGUAUCAUAUUCAGCACAAAGAGACUUGGUAGCUGAUGAAUAAGUGUUGAAUUCAUGGAACACCUUUCAGUGAUUGUGCUAAGAACCCUCGCUAUGUGAUAAAAUGCUUUAGACAUAUGGUAGAAUUUGUAUAAAAAUUGUAAUUUCUUACCAAGCAGUGCAGUAAUAUGAAUACAGAUGUCUAUAUUUGGUUAGGUUUGAAAUAAUAAUUAGCUCAAUUCCUUUUUUGGUGCAAAUUUCAUUUCUACAAGCCAAAUAAUAAACUAGUGUGUGUGAUAAAGUAAUAAUAUCAUAAGACUCAAAAGUUAUAUCUUCCACCUGAUUAUAUGUAAAUGAAAUAAUUGCAUUGUGUCUUUUUAUUUGUGUAAUUCAU